GUCAGUGUGUGCUACCAACUGGCCGAGACGCGCUGUCUUCCGCCUACGCACCUCACUGAACGCAACCAACGACAUCCACCGCACCCCAAGAUUUUCGACGCAACAUUUGUAUAACUCUGCGCGUUAUACAUCGAUCUGUGCACGUGCGUGGGCGCCACAUUUUUCAUCACUCAAUAAGUAAUGAAUUGGUGAAUAAGAAGAAUUAUAUCAAAAAAUAAUACACUUGAAACGUUCAACUUAUAACGCAUUUAUGAAUUAGCAGUGACGGUAGUGGAUAAUCAUCAUCGUUAUUUACUCACUCCAUAUUCUCAUCGCUUGUGUCUAACCAGACGGGAUAGUACUAGUGAUAAUAAAUGGAAGCAUUUAUAGCUUUAGCUUUAAAGUAUGGUAUUACAUCUCGUGUUGGACAUGAAACAAGUGACCAUAGACAGCCUGUCUAAAUGAUCACAUGUCACACAAAUUUCGCGGUGGCAAUAAAUACAGCUCAACGCAAAGGUGGCCGCAGCGUGACAUUACGGCGCCUGACCAUUGGAGGUUUUUCAGUAGUUCGUGACAAUUAUGGUUGUGGCCGCAACCAUGGCCAGCAUGGAUGACCACGAGCGGAAGAUAGUCGUCGAGUUUUGUCAACUUCUUGAGCAGUCAAAACAGCUAUUCAACGGACUCCGAGAUCUUCCUCAAUGCGGUCAAAAAAUUUGGCAAGGAUAUUUUGGUAAAACUUUUGACGUUUAUACAAAACUAUGGAAGUUUCAACAACAACACAGACAAGUGUUGGACACAAAAUAUGGUUUGAAACGAUGGCAAAUAGGAGAAAUAGCUUCUAAAAUAGGCCAAUUAUACUACCACUAUUACCUUAGAACAAGUGAUACGAACAACUUAAAUGAAGCGUACUCAUUUUACUCAGCAAUAAGAGGAAGACAAUAUUAUUCUCGAGUAUCUCAAGAAGAUAGAUCUGAUUUAAUGGUAAAAAAAUUAAGGUACUAUGCGAGGUUCAUUGUUGUGUGUUUGUUGCUAAGACGAGUAGGUGCUAUUCGAGAACUGUUAGCUGAGCUUGAUAAGCAAAUAGUUGAUUACACAAGUACAUACGAACCAGAUGAUCAACUAGAAUGGUCUUUGGUUUUGGAAGAAAUCAAAACAUUUGUAAAAGCUGACAGUAUUGUUAACGUAUUACAUGCUGAUCAAAGCAACGUCACACUUUCUCACAGAUUGACCCCAUUGUCUACACCUCCGGUAGAAAAAUCAACUAUGAUGAAUCUUUCAUUACAAGAAAUCAUACUAAUAGGAAAUGCUUCCGAACAGGUGAAAUUUAGCGAAAUGACUAUUGACAUGUUUCGAAUGAUGCAAACGUUGGAACGUGAAAAGAAUCGAGAUGAGACAAAUCAUGUUUCAGAUCCUCCAUCCAGAGCAUCAUUUGAAAAAAGCUACUCUAUAACAAGCAAUAAAACUUUAGCGUAUCCAAUGAUGGCAAGUCAUGAUGUUAACAAUGGGAGAAGAGAAAAUCCACACAAAUAUAUUCUUUAUAAGCCAACCAUCACUCAGAUCAUGAUGUUUUUAGCCACAGGGUUCAAAGAGCUUCCUGCUAACGGUGUAUUACUUAUGUACGUAUCAGCUGAUGGAUGCUUUCAAACUUCAAAACAUGUUAAUGACUUGGGUUACGAUUGCGGUGGUAUUAUGGCUAGUAGUAAGCGAGAAAUGGAAUUAACGAACAAAAAAGGAAUGCACGUAAAAGAAAUUCAUUGUUUAUAUCCUGGCGAUCUAUACCCGUUCACUAGAAAACCUCUAUUUGUUAUAAUCGAUUCAGAUAACAGUUUUGCCUUUCAGUACAUUCCAAGAUAUUUUGGUCAUCCAUUUGUCGUGUUGAUGUCUCCGCAAGAACUACCAGAUAAGCUUCACGAACAAUUGCAACAUAAUGGAAGUCUAUUCACAUUAUUUUUACAUAGUCCUCUUACUGCGUUUUGUCUAAUUUGUAAUAUUUUGACAGUAAAAAUGCAUUUGUGGGAAAGAGCUAAUUCAUACGUGGAUAGGUUUAUCACUGAGGCAAGUCGUUUGUUCACCAGUAAAGUGAAGCCGGAUGUAUCGUACAUACAGUUCUUCGGAGACGAUUUUUUAAGGCUUCUGUUGUUACGUUACGUCUUUUGUCAUGUCGUAUUACGACACCAUCGAGCUUUCAAUGGUGAACAAUAUCUACCACGAUGUCAACCACCUCUACCAUUGGCCAGUUUUUUAGAAGAGAUAUCUUUAAAAAAAUAUGUCAAAGAAUUAGCAAAGCAUUUCGAUGUUUCGUCUCAUUUCGAAAACUUUGAAUAAAAUAUUCACUACCAGUACCGAAUGAAAUACGGUCGUUUAAUUCUUCCAUUAUAAAAAUAAUAAUUAUUUUACUAUUAUAAAUUAUUAUUGUUGUUAUUUUAUUAUAAUAUAUAUAGAUAUGUAGCAUAUAAUUAACACGUUUAUGUAUAGAAUUGUACAAAGUAUUGUCCAAAAAUCCAUGUGUUCCAUAAACAUGUUUUUUUGGGCUCCAAGGUUAACUUAAAUAAAAAAACUAUAUAUAAUAGAUAUACUCAAAAAAAAACAAUAAGCAAAAAUCCAGGUUCGACCAAACGUACGUAAGGCAGUGAUUUCUUUUAUAAAUAGUUAGUUAAACUCAUAAUUUGUAUUGCAAUUAACUUGACUGUGUUCAAUUAAUAAAUAAAAUAUUAUAUAGGGGUAGAUCAUA